CGGGCAGGUGAGGGUGCUAGGAGCGGUGCCCGCCCGCGGAGGAAAGCGACGCUCAGGACUGGAUUUUGACGAUGAAGAUGGAGAAGGGCCUAGCAAAUUUUCAAGGUAUGCUCAUCAGAGUCCGUGGUGAUAAAGAAAAUUGUGCAAGGUAGGCGUAGCCCAAAUUGGUUUAUCAGCAAGCUUGGGCAGUGUAAUUUUGCCACCCUCAGGCAAAGCCAGCUAGUUUUUUCUAGCAGAAUUGAAUUUGCUUCCAGCUCAGACGAUAUCAUAGUGCCGAUGAAAAGAAAAACUGCACAGGGAAUUAGGCAUUAUGAAAGAGAAUCACAGUGAAAUUGAGAGAAGACGUCGAAACAAGAUGACUGCUUACAUCACAGAAUUAUCUGACAUGGUACCAACAUGCAGUGCUUUAGCACGCAAACCUGAUAAACUGACAAUUCUUCGCAUGGCUGUGUCUCAUAUGAAGUCUUUAAGGGGAACAGGAAAUACUUCGACUGAUGGUGCCUAUAAACCUUCAUUUCUAACAGAACAGGAGUUGAAACAUCUUAUUUUGGAGGCAGCAGAUGGAUUCCUUUUUGUUGCUGCAUCUGAGACUGGAAGAGUCAUCUAUGUAUCAGACUCAGUUACACCUGUUUUAAACCAUCCACAGUCCGAGUGGUUUGGAAGCACUUUGUAUGAUCAAGUUCAUCCAGAUGAUGUUGAGAAGCUCAGAGAACAGCUGUCUACAUCAGAAAGUUCUAUGACAGGUCGUAUUCUGGAUCUCAAGACUGGGACAGUUAAAAAGGAAGGGCAGCAGUCUUCCAUGAGAAUGUGUAUGGGAUCCAGACGUUCCUUUAUUUGUAGAAUGAGGUAUGGAACAGCUCCUCUGGAACACAUCUCAUUGAGUAGACUGACUGUUCUGCGAAAGAGAUACAGGAAUGGUUUGGGACCUGUGAAGGAAGGAGAAUCACAGUAUUCAGUGGUUCAUUGCACUGGAUACAUCAAGGCUUGGCCACCAGCAGGAAUGAACAUUCCAGAAGAGGAAUCAGAUGGUGGGCAAAGCAGUAAAUUUUGCCUAGUUGCAAUUGGACGACUUCAGGUCACCAGCUCACCUGUGUGCAUGGAUAUGAAUGGCCUCACCAUCCCCACCGAGUUCUUGUCCAGGCAUAAUUCAGAUGGACUCUUCACAUUUGUGGACCAUCGAUGCAUCACUGUUAUUGGCUACCAGCCACAGGAGCUCCUGGGAAAAGAUAUUGUAGACUUUUGCCACCCUGAAGAUCAAAGCCAUGUGCGGGACAGUUUUCAGCAGGUUGUGAAAUUGAAAGGACAAGUCCUAUCAGUGAUGUACCGUUUUCGAACAAAAAGCAGGGAAUGGUUAUGGAUACGGACAAGUAGUUUUACUUUCCAGAAUCCCUAUUCAGAUGAAAUUGAAUAUAUUAUCUGCACCAAUACUAAUGUAAAGCAACUUCAGCAACAACAACAAGCUGAGCUGGAAGUUGGUCCAAGGGAAGGUCUACCUUCCUACGAUCCUUCACAGGUCCCUGUGUCAUCUGUGUCUGCUGGUGUCCAAGAGCAUGGGAAAUCAAUGGACAAAACAGACCCAUUAUUUUCACAAGACAGAGACCCCAGGUUCAGUGAUAUCUACACUGGUAUUUCACCUGGUGAAAAGAAGACAAUGUCAUCACCAUCAGCUGCUGGAAGCCAGCAGAUCUACUCACAAGGAAAUUCAUUCCAGACAGGACGUGCAGGACAAACAUUCAGCACUUCAAUGGUACCUGGAGGAAACAUCAUUCAGCAGACAUCUUCAGCAGGUCAAAUUUUAGCUCAAAUAUCUCGCCAAUCAAAUGCCAAUCAGGUCUCUGCAACAUCCUGGACUGGAAGUCGACCGCCUUUCUCAGGGCAGCAAGUGGCCUCCCAAUCCAGUAAGGGACAGUCACCACCUUUUGCCAUGGGAUCAAGUCAUAGUUUUCCUGCAGACCCAGCUACUUUCAGCCCCCUCUCCAGUCCAGUGUCUACGUCUUCCCCUGGAGGACCUUCUUACACCAGCCUGGCAAAUCGAACCACUAGUUUUGCUGAGAGUGGACAAAGUAGCGGGCAGUUCCAGGGCAGAUCCUCGGAAGGCUCAGCGGUAUGGUCUCAGUGGCAAGCCCAGCAUCACAAUCAACAAGCCAACGAGCAGCACACACACCAACAACAAGCACAACCUGAGGUCUUUCAGGAUAUGUUGUCCAUGCUUGGAGAUCCAACACAGGGCACUGGAAAUUACAACAAUGAGGACUUUGCUGACCUAAGCAUGUUCCCAUCUUUUUCUGAAUAAAUACUUCAAUAAAUCUCCACCUGCUCAGUAAAAAGUGAGCAAUUAAGUGAAGUAAAUAUCUUCAGAUUAGGAACUAGCUUUCCAAAACUUGAGCCACUUAAAUAAAGCCAAAUGGAAUUAAUUCAAUAACAAUAGCUAACAAUAUUGAACGUUCCAGGCAAGAAACUGUGGACCUACAACAAACCAAUGAAUUGUAAUGAAUACUGAGGUGUUCCCAGAUGUUGUAAGAUCACACUCCCCACUACCCAGUGAGAAAAUGGUUACAAUACCACAGUUAUUAUUUGACCAUUUCUCAACAAUUAGAACAUUAUUGCUCUGCUCUUACAAUGUAAUGACACUGAAACUGUUGGCAUUCACCAUCAGUUCUCUGUGUAAAUAACAAUUUCAGCAUUUCUGUACAUGCUUUUAUAAACACAGAAGUCUAAAGGUCUGUCAGUGAUCCGCCCAACCAACAAGUGCACUACAAUUCUGGACUUCUCAUGAGUUUGUUGUGAGAGAGGAAACUGGGCUAAACCUAGCAUUUACAUCACAGAGAACUCUGUGCCAGGUCCAAGGAGACACCACUGAUUUGAAUAAAAGAAACCAACUACAUGAGCCUAAGGUAAAAGUCCAGUAAUUAAAAAAAAAACUUAUAGUUAAUUAAAAUACUCAUAUCUUUACAGAUUUUUUUAAAGUCUCGAAUGUCUUAAUUUAGAAUUUUUAAUGUUUAAAAUUGUUUAUUUUAAUUUUCUAAUCUAUUUAAGUUUAAUUUUGCUUUUUACAAUAUUUCAACAUUUUUGAAUGUCUCAGAACCUUUUCAGUUUUUUUUUAAGAUUUUAUACUUUGACAGGUCUGGAAAUGUUUCUUACUGGACAGUCAAUCCUUUUUUCAUUUGGUGGACAGGGCUAUCUUCAACACAUGGUAGUCCUUAUGUCACAGAAAGUCCUAAUUAGGCACAGAGCCUCGCCUUGAGAAUACUCCCCGUAGUUUCUGCAGAUUCCUACUGGGAGGAUUGCUUUAUUUUUACCGGUUAUUGUUGGGUUACCACUGACUACACAGUGUGCCCAGCGUUUGCAGUGUUUGUGUCUGAGUUGUACAUGCUGUAUUAACAACUGCAAUGCAUUGCUGAGGAAGUGGGAAUCCAUAUGAAGACAGCCACAAAAGGAAAAUUAUAGUUUGAUUGCAGAAUGCUUUUAAGUCAAAUAGACAAUGAAAUAUUUUAUGAUUCAUAGAUAACAAAAUAUAUAAAUCACAUCUGUGCCGUAGAGAACAAUUCAACAAACCAAGAGUAUCUUUGCUUUGUACUGCAGUUGUUUGAUGUGACUGGCAUUUCCUUCUCCAUUUAUAUAUGAUCCAAUGUUGUUAACCACUGGGUUAUAAGAUAAAACUUCAGUUCUGUUAGAAGGUAUUGAAAAGGAAAGUGGCUAAUACCUUGAAAAUCCCAAUUCCUGAAGGAAAGAGAGGGACCAACCAAUCUUCCGCAUCACUUUGUCCCACCUGCCAAACAAAAAUACCAUUCUCCAACUUUUUAAGUUCACUCGAGAGAUAAAUCUCACAGCGGGCUGCAGCAGGCUAAUUAUAUUUGGUUCAUUUCUUUAAGGGCUCAUUUUUAUAUUCAUUAUAAAAAUUGAGAAAGAUGCCAUCAAAUUCAUGCUUUAACUUCAAUGUGCUGCGAUCAUUCUGUGAUGUUGUCUGAGUCCUCAAUGAUGUUUCUGAGUUGUGCACGGGGGGCAGGGGUCUGUUUCUGUAUGUGGAUCAGCAGUACCAGUGGAACCAAUUAAACAGUUUAAGCAAAAACUUGGGAGCUUUGAUAUUGCAGUGAAAAUGGUAGGAUGAGAUGGUGGUCACUCUGAAUUGAAUUAGCAUUUACUGACACAAAUUUAGGGAACAUCAGUAUGCACCCAAGACAAAAAUAUAAUUUAGACACCCUUCCUAAACUCAAAAGAAGAGAAGCUGCUUAAGAUGCUCUUUGAAAAGAACAGGUCACCCUUAUUCCCACUGCUAUCUGUAAGGAGUUUGUAUGUUCUCCCUGUGACCAUGUGGGUGCUCCGGUUUCCUCCCACAGUCCAAAGACGUACGGGUUGGUAGGUUCAUUGGUCAUUGUAAAUCGUCCUGUGGUUAGGCUGAGGUUAAAUCAGGGGUUGCUGGAAAGUCAUACUCUGUGCUGUAUCUCAAUAAAUAAAUUAAAUAAUAAACCUGUAGCCAGAGCAUCGCUCCCUGAGUGAACUUCAUUGUGUUUGCACCAAAUAAUUUUCCAUUGUAAAGUGAAGAAUAUCCAAACUUUCUGCAUUUGGUAGAAAUGCAGACACUGUUGUUUAAAAAUAUGUCAGAAUAAUGGUUACCUUUUAAAAAUCUGUUUUUCUAAUGCUAUUGAUUUACACAGUUUAGAUAAUACUGCAAAUGCAAAAAGAAACUGGAGUUUAUCUCCAAUUUUUCUGACAAUCUUAUAGUUGAUAGACAUUUUCUUUCUUUGAAGAGCACCUUCAAAAAACUCUUACAUUGAUUUCCUCUUCAUAAUGACCAGUGGUUGUCCUUUUCUUUGCACUCCAUUCCAAUUGUUGGACAGACCAAAUCUGCAUGGUGGGUCAUCCGGCAGGGAAUACUGCGGCAAAGAUCAACACCUUCCACUACAAUUUAACUUUCUUCCCUCAGUUUGUUUUACAGUUGCUUACAGCAUAGGAAUCAAGUCUUUGCCAGUUUGCAGAACAACGUAUUUAAGUGUCAGUCUAGGAAAUGUCCUUAUGCAAUUAAAAUGUAAUUUCCACAUUUCUGCUUCCUGUGGUUUAACCAAAGGAAGUUACUCAUAAUAGCUAGUAAAAUGUGCCUCCAGUAUAAGCGGUUAACUAGUGAAUGAGUUGCAUCGCACUAAAAGCACCAGAUAAACAAAAGGACUGAACUUUAGAGGAAAAGCAUAAGAGGAUAUCUGCAUUUCACAGCUUGUUGAGUUAAUGUGCAAUCUGUGUGGCUGAACCCUUUCAAAGAACUGUACUGUUUUUUUAAGGAUGAUGAUAUUCCAUCAAAUUAUUUCCUUUGUCUUUAACAAAAUGCAAAAUAAGGCCAGAAUAAUUAAAAGCACCCAUUCUUUUUCACAAUCAAUGAAAAAGACCUCUCAAAGUAUUUUUUUUACUAGACAAUGUUAAAAGAAUGCUAAUACUUACAAAAAUCCAUAUGGAUAUAACUUAAAGAUUAAAAUGAACCCAUUCAGAAUUAGCUUCCUGUGCAAUCCAGUUUCUUUCAUUUUAUUUGAGUUUUUUCUCUCUUAUAAUUCCUUUUCAAUAAUGUUUAAUCAAACCUGCCUUUGAAUCUUUUGUUGACUCUGUCACAUUAAAUCCAAGAGCAGAAGAACAGUAGAAAUGGAAAUAACAGCAAAAAUUACAUUUCUAUGGUAACUUUAAUAUCAAACACAUGACCAAAAAUUUGGUCGAAGAGGAAGGUUUUGAGAGACGACUUAAAGGGGAAGUAGGUAAGUGCGAUUUGGGGAGGAGAUUAUAGAGCUCAGAGCUUAGUUGGUAUGGCAGUGCAUGACAGCCUCUGCUGGAUAGAAGCUAAGUCAGGAAGCAUAGAUGCCUAAAUGGAAGGAAUGAGGAUAUUGGAAAUUUUAGACCUGGAAAGAAUCGAAGAGAUGUGAAUUUUUAUGGAGUUGGAGUUAGUGGAAGAACACUGUAAGAGGGUUAGGUCAUCUCAAUUCCAAUGGACUGCCUAAGAAGAAAAUAGUACUGAUCCUCACUGUGACAUCUAACCAAUCAGGAGGCUUCACUGUGAUAUUAAACCAGUAAUGAGACCAAUAAAGGCACCCAAAGCCCUACCUUUACUGUACAAAAUACUGUAGUUUUAUUUUUGUAGUUUCUCUGAGUCUGAGUGCUUCAAGUAGCAAGCAAUUUCUCAUUCUCCCCACCUUCUGGAGCAGAUGUUCCUGCAGAAUCUUUGGUUCCAGCCAGAUUCAAAUGGAAAUCUGACUUGGCCUUGGUCAAUCACGAAUCAUAGACUGUGCAAACUUACUUAAGAUAUCAUUUCUGCAGAAGGAUCUAUAACUUAAACAUGUUGAAAUUGUAGCUGUUUAAGAAAUAAUGAGCAUUGAAAAAUCUUGUUAAUUUAAGCACCCUUGUCAAGUUGAUGUUUUCAUUGAGUAAUCUAUGUUGAACAAAUGUUGUCUGUAACAUAUUAAACCUGUUUAAUGUUAAAGCUUCUGCUUAAUGGAUUAGAUUAAAAGUUAAUUUCUGCAGAAUUUAAGUGCAGAAUGGAACUGUAAGUAGUUGUGUUAGGAGCACAGUGAAUCAAUGUUUAGCAAAUGUUCUGUAUUUUCAGUGUUUUGUAACUACUUCUGAAGUAAUUUCAUGUAAUGUAGUAUUCUAAUUUCUGCAAAAGUGCUUUUAUUUUUGUAUAUUGUAGUAUCAUUUUGUUAACUAUGUUUCAUUAAGUAAAAAAUGUAACUCCACCAAUAAAUAUGUUUCUUCAGUCAGUAUAGUUAUAAAUGUGAUUGUGCAGACAUGUUUUAGAGAAAGGGCAACUUUAAUAACGAUUACUUUGAAGUAAUUUUCUGUGGACCAAGUGUUAAUCUUGGAAAAAUCCAACUUGGAGGUUGAAAUAUCAACUCAAAUAUAUACUCUGCCCACUUUUCUUCCAUUGACUUUAACAAAAAGCAAAAUCAUUUGGAGUGUAUAACAUGGGUGGGUGGAAUGGGGUGGGGGAUAUGUAACAGAUCAAGAGUGUGAUGGCCAGGUCAGAAGUGUUUUACCACAGCCGUUUACACUGUCUUCAGUUUAACCUAUUGUUUAGAAAUUUAUAUCAGCUGGUACAGUAGAAUUUCUUUGUUGACUGACAAAGGACAAUUUUGUUCGUAUUACACAGGCUAUCUCAAUAAUAUACCAAUAACAAUGUACAAAACUUUGGUUUUAGUCACAUUGUGCACUUUCUAGCGCAAAUAGCCAGAAGAUUCAGACACAUGUCUAAAACAUUAGAAACCAGACUUUUGAAGGGUGAUAUUUAUAUAGAUAAAUACAAUUAAAAUGGCACAAGUGUAAAAAUUUCGAAAUAUUGUUUAGAUUUUAUACUAUAAUACAUGGGGAUUCAAAACCUUAAUCAUUUUAUUUCAGUUCUUCACCUGUGAGACCUGUUUCUAAGGCCUGUGAUGUUAAAGUAGGACUGUUUUAAUUAUCAUGCCCAUGUUUCAAAUAUAACAUUUAAGUAGAUUAUCAUUUUUAUUCAUUGAUUUUCUGUCAAAAACUUUAAGCUGCAGUAUGCUGGAUAAAAUCAGUUUGUAAUUUAUCUGCUGUUACAAACUAUAUACAGUUAAUGUGAAAUAUUUAAUCAUAUGCUGUUGUCUAUGUCUUAACUGUGAUCUUUAAUUAUUAAUGUAGCACACUAAAACAAAAAAAGGCAGAAGUUAAAGAAGUAAUUGGUGUGAUGUAUCUGUAAUGCUGCUAAUAAACUAAACG